GUCAACCGAGAAUCAAUUAAAUCUGUUUUCUCGAGUAAUGUUAUUAUUGAGUUAUACGUUUUCUUUACACCCGUGCUUAUUUAUUAGUUCAUGAGACAUUUUAAACGUAACAACCUCGGAAAAAAUUAUAAUAGCCUAGUUAACAGUUGGUUACUUAUAAAACAGAAAAUGCUUUAAAGAUUGAAUAGAGGACAGGCAGAAUUAACGUUUAAUCAGACUUUUUCUUGUCUGAUUAAUUGUUAAUCAUCAGUCACAAAUGCAAAUUGUAACGUUAAUAUAAACGUAACUAAUAAGAAUCAUCACUACCAUUUAAGCUUUUCAUGCGGUGUUUCCCAAUCGGAUAUAUUUUGAUGCAACACCGCGGCAUAGGGGAGAAAUUGGAGCACAGCUGCGGUCGCCUCCGGGACAGAAACAAUGUUUUCAGGAAGUUAAAUUGCUCAGACACCAACUGCAAUUCUUUAACACGCUUAAGUCUGGACAUUGACUAUGUUUUCAGGUGUAAUUCAUUGCUGUGACUGACUGGAGUGCACACAUUAUAGUUAAACCAUAAUACUAGUGAAUGACGAAACCGUAUUAUUUUAUAGGGUUCACUGCGAUUUUGAACGACUUGAACUACGGACCGGAGUUACAAAGUUUCAAAAUCGGAAAGGAAAUAAAUACACAUAAUCGAAUAAGCAAAAAUGGAAUUUAACGCAGUUUAAGACUGCAGUCACUUUUCGCUGAAACGAUUUUAUACAACAGAGCGUCACAGCACGGAAAUCUCGAACCCCAACCUCACCUAUCCAUGGUCCCGUUAAAGCGUAGGAAGACGGUGCGCAAUGACGUAAACUGCGAGAGAAAUGAAGUCAUUAAAUUCCCCGAUGUCGUCAUUUUCCUCCUGGAGCGCAGGAUGGGCGCGAGCCGCAGGGCCUUUCUCACGCGCCUGGGGAGAAAUAAAGGCUUCCGCGUGGAGGACUGCUACAGUGAUGCUGUCACACAUGUGGUAUCGGAGAAUAACACGGGGGAAGAGGUCGUGGACUGGCUGGACAGACAGAUCCCUGGCGGAUGGACACCCAGACCUGUCCACCUGCUGGACAUCAGCUGGUUCACAGAGAGCAUGGGGGCAGCCAGGCCGCUGGACGUUCAGGACGCACACAGGCUGAAGGUGAAGGCGGUGUCCCAGGCAGGUGGCGGAACGAGAACAGUCAGUCCCUAUGCGUGCGGGAGGAGGACUCCCCUCCAACAUCACAACAGAGCCCUAACAGAUGCCCUGGAGGUCCUGGCUGAGAAUCCAGUGGUAACUCAACACACACGCGACGGCAUGCUCAUGAUGGCUCUCUCCAGCUCUGCAGUUGUUAAAGUUUCAGGUAAGGCUUACUCAGCUGCAUCUGGGCUCAGUCUGCUCUUCUGCACAGGUGUGCGGCAUUAUGAAGACCUGUCCACACCCAUAACCAAGGAAGAGGCUCAUGCUAUUGGCCAGAUUGUGGAAGAGGCGGUUCAUACUGUCCUGCCGGGGGCGGAGCUCACUAUCACUGGAGGAUUUAGAAGAGGGAAGAAAACAGGCCACGAUGUUGACUUCCUCAUCACACACCCAGAGGAAGGAAAGGAGGUGGGACUUCUGCCCAAAGUCAUCAGCUGGUUGGACAGCCAGGACUUGCUGCUGUAUCACAGGGUGAAGGACAACACGUACUCAGAAUCAAAGGUACAGCUGGCUCGCUCCCAGAGCAGCAUGGACCACUUCGAGAGGUGCUUCUCCAUCUUUAGGCUGAACCGCCCUCUUGCCAGGCCACCAGAGCCUGGAGCCUCAAGUGGAGGGACAGCCCAAGAGAGUGCAGCCUCUGGGGGUCACUGCUCAGGCGAGCCCAGGAGCUGGAAGGCCGUUCGUGUGGACCUGGUGGUGACACCUGUUAGUCAGUUUGCGUUUGGCCUCCUGGGCUGGACUGGUUCACAGCACUUUGAGAGGGAGCUGCGUCGCUGGGCAGGGCAGGAGAAGCACAUGACCCUGAACAGCCAUGCUCUCUACGACAGGACACAGAACGUGUUCCUACCCGCCAGCUCCGAAGAGGAGAUUUUCUCCCAUCUGGGGCUGGAGUUCAUCCCCGCUUCCGAGAGGAACGCCUGAACCCUGGCCCACACAGGUCUCUGUGGGAACGGUGUCUGAAUCACUCCGGCAUCAGUUCCUGAGGGACAGACAUUUACCACCCUUGGACCCGAGUCCUUGCAGCGACACCCUGGCCAGGAAUCAAAGAAACAGAUGUGGGAACUCCUUCUCCUCCCCUGCAAGAGCAGAGGAACUUUCUACAUACCACUUUAAAACCUUUUAGCUUUUUAAAUAAAUGAAUAGAAAUCGGGGGCAUUUUUUGGACAUUUUUACAACGUGGUGGUCAAUCAGAAUCCCCAGAAUCAAGCCAAAGACAAAGAGGGGCAGGUUACAGCAAACAUCAGUACAAAGGGUGUAGCAGCCCCUCAGACUUCCUUAUUGCAGGGGAGAGAGUUGAGAGAGACCCCUAAGGAAUGGCUCAUCAGCCUGACAGGCUUCAGAGGGGUAAUAAUGGACCUAGAGGACAGUACAUUAAAAGCUCAGGCAGCCUGUGAGAAAGGACUGAACCUCACUGGUUUGAUCAGGAGCUAAAUUAGAAUUGCAGAAGAUGAUCAAAAGUGGGACUGCUGGCUCUGCACAUUUUGCCUCAAUUCAUUCUUUUUAUUAUGAGGUACCCCUGGGCAGACUUUGAAAACUCCCCAGGCAGCACCUGGCACAUCUGUUUCACGUCGGCCUCUGGAAGAAAUGUUCGCCUUUCUUCCGCGUUAUUCAGCGCAAGUGCUUGUUUUCCUUACCCUCGAGACCCAAGUUCUUUAUAAACCGAAUUCAGACUGAGUUAUUUGGUACUGCCGAUGAGAUAAGUGCUAUACUUCAACACGUGAGUCACUGGAGAAGACGCUCACUGCAGCUCCGAAGACUGCAUUCGCUGUGAGCAGCUUCAUUUUCCACAGAUCGCACGCUUUGAGUUUCUUUGAGGCAGGGGGAAUAGUUGUGGUUGUGAAAAAUGAGGCAUAGUCAAAGCGCAGUUUUGACUAUAAUUUAGUUGCGCAACACAAAGUAAUUUACCUGCACAAGCUGCUGGGACAUGCCACCUCUGAACCUGAUAUUGGAGCUUUUCUAGUUUGGGGCUUGUUAUUCCUGUUUUUUUUUAGGUAUGUAGUUUAACAGCAGUGAUGUGUGCAAAUAUUUGGAUCAGGAGACUUUUUCGCAUGAUGGAAAUAAAUAUAUAAGGUCA